CACUGAUGAUCAGUGUGCCUUGAUGAUCUGUGUAGCCCCAGCAGUGCCAGCUGUCAGUGCUCAUCCAUGCCACCUGCCAGUGCUCAUCAAUGCUACAUUUCAGUGCACAUCAAUGCCACAUAUCAGUGCCCAUCUGAGCUGCCUUUCAGUGUCACCCAUCAGUGCCAUGUCCGUCAGUACUGCCUGUCAGUGCCGCCUAUCAGUGCCAUAUAUGAGUGCUGCCUUUCAGUGCCCAUCAGUGAUGCCUGUCAAUGCUCAUCAGUGCCACCUACCAGUGCCUCCUCAUCAGUGCCCAUCAGUGCCACUCAGUGUCCAUCAGUGCAGCCUAUCAGUGCCCAUCACUACAGCCUCAUUAGCGCACAUCAGUGAAGGAGAAAAAUCACUUAUUUACAAAAUUUUAUAA